GCGUUCAUUUUUGUUUGACACAUUUUUGAUUUUCCCAAACAAGAAUUUCCCUUUCCCAGAAGGCUCAAUCAGCGCCACCGGACUCAACCCCCGCACAUGUCGGCAGCUCCACCGCACUGUCCUUCUUAUCCCUUAAAAACCCUAAAACCGACCCCACACUCAUUUCAUUCCACUCCUCUUCUCCCCAAACACGCCCUUACUCAAUUCCACUGCUGUAGCAGCAGCAGCAGCAGCUUCGAUAAUCGCUGGACAGUCGAUUGCGUAACGGACAGCAAUCCGAUUCACAUCAUCCUCAAGCCUCCGAACUCUUCGCUCUCAAUGGCGUCGUCUUCGUCGACGACUCUCAAGAGAUCUAAGAAGGUUUGUUUGUUUUAUUGCGCCGAGAUGAAGGCGCUGGCGGAGAGGAUUGCCUCUGAGUCGGAUACUAUUGAGCUUCGGAGCAUCACUUGGAGGACAUUUGCUGAUGGCUUCCCCAAUUUAUUCAUAUCUAAUGCUCAUGGAAUUCGUGGUCAGCAUGUAGCUUUUCUUGCUUCAUUUAGUUCCCCUGGAGUAAUUUUUGAGCAGCUCUCUGUUAUUUAUGCACUACCAAAGCUGUUUGUCUCUUCAUUCACAUUGGUCCUUCCAUUUUUCCCUACUGGGACUUCUGAGCGCAUGGAAGAGGAAGGCGAUAUAGCAACAGCCUUUACUCUUGCUAGAAUAUUGUCGAAUGUUCCCAUUUCGAGGGGAGGACCCACAAGCUUGGUGGUUUUUGAUAUCCAUGCUUUGCAGGAACGAUUUUACUUUGGUGAUAAUGUUUUACCAUGCUUUGAAAGUGGGGUGCCUUUGCUUAAAAACAGGCUUCAACAGCUCCCUGACUCCGACAAUAUAUCAAUUGCUUUUCCAGAUGAUGGUGCAUGGAAACGGUUUCAUAAGCAGCUGCAACAUUUUCCAACGAUUGUCUGCAACAAAGUAAGAGAAGGGGAUCAAAGAAUCGUCCGCCUUAAAGAAGGAGACCCAAAAGGACGUCAUGUUGUCAUAGUCGACGAUCUUGUACAAUCAGGCGGCACACUGAUUGAAUGUCAGAAAAUGUUGGCCAAACAUGGUGCAGCAAAAAUCAGUGCCUACGUGACACACGGAAUAUUUCCCAAUAGGUCAUGGGAGCGCUUUGAACAUGAUACAAAUGGUUGUCCUGAGAAUGGAUUCAACUACUUCUGGAUCACAGAUUCAUGCCCAUUGACAGUGAAAGAAGUGAAGAACAGACAACCAUUUGAAGUCCUCAGCCUUGCUUCUUCAAUAGCUGCUACACUGCAUAUCUAAAGUUUCUGUUUCCGAAAGAUUGGAUUUAGUUCGUUUGUAGAAUUUAAAUCAAAGAAAUAGUUGGUGGUUUUUUCUUCAAUCAUAACCAUCGUCUUUAUAGAGUUGAACGGUCAAAACUUGGAAUCGGGAUUUUUCACUGCUUUCUCAGCUGUUGGAUUAGAUUAAUGGAAUUAUUAUUUCAACUCAUAGUCAUAAGAAUUCUGAGAUAUCAGAUAUAUGCUGUUAUAUUACACGGUAUUUCUUUUGUUUUUGUCUGCCAAGUUUUUUGCUUACUAAUACCAUGUCUAUACACUUGUAGUGUAUGAUACUUGCUUUUGUAUAGUCUUGGACAUCAGACAACGUUUAUUAUGUGAAUUCAGUUAUUUUUUUUCUAUA